CAAGAAGAAGAGAAAGGCUCUUUCCAAGUUUGUUCUCCUCUCCUGAUACAAAUUCGAAAUAUAACCUCCAUUUGUUACUUAAUGAUUUAGAAAUAGUAAAACAGAGGGUUUGUAAUUUGUAUGGAAGCACAAGUUGGUCCUUUCAAUUAUGAUUCUCAAAUGACAAGGGUCAGUCAAGCCCCAUGUGGGAUGAGGUAGGGCGGCACCCAUGGUAGAACAGAAUUUGACUUUUCUAAAGUUAACAUGCGUUUAUAUAAAAUGAGUGAGAGGUUCACAUAAAAACUUGAAAAGCCCAUCCCAGGAGAGAAGAAGAAGCCGAAAACAAAAUGGGUGGUGUCUGGCUGUGGGUUUUAGUAAUGGUAGCCAUGGCGGGCUUGGCCCAGGCCCAACCCGAGGCGAAGUUCAAGUGCAGCACGGAGAACGGCACGUGUGGCGGCCUGGUCGGGUACUCCAACCCGGACGGCACCACGCUGGGCGACAUCAAAAGUCUCUUCAACGUGAAGCACCUCCAGGACAUCCUGGGCGCCAACAACCUCCCCUCAAACGCCACAAACAGCCACAAGGUGGGUCCCAACGAGGUUGUCAAAGUCCCGUUCCCUUGCAAGUGCAGCAACGCCACGGGACUCUCCAACGGAGUUCCGCGUUACAAAAUAAAGAAAGGGGACGGGCUUGACGCCAUAGCCCGGACCACGUUCGCGGGCCUCAUGAAGUACCAGCAGAUCCAGGUGGCCAAUCACUUGCCCGACGCUAAUAACAUCACCGCCGGGGACACGCUUUAUAUUCCCCUCCCCUGUAGCUGCGAUCAGGUGGAUGGGAGCAGUGUGCUGCACUAUGCACUCGUCGUCGCUUCUGGAAGCUCCGUCGAGAGCAUUGCGGAACAGUAUGCUACCACACAGCAGAUUCUCCUCAACCUCAAUGGGAUUACUGACCCCAAGUCCCUCGAGGCCGGUCAGGUUCUCGAUGUUCCCCUCCGAGCUUGUUCCUCCAGUGUCAAAAAUAAUUCGUUGGACUCUCCGUUGCUUCUCCCUAUUGCUACUUACGUCUACACCGCACAUGACUGCGUCAAAUGCAACUGCGACUCCUCUAACAAUUACAUAUUGCAAUGCCAGCCAUCCCAUCUGAAACCAACCAACUGGUCUGUUUGCCCCACUGCGGAAUGCUCAAGUAACGUCUUCCUUGGCAACACCACCUCUUCAGAUUCUUGCAAUCGCACUACCUGUGCCUAUACUGGUUAUAACGCCACCGCUAUCUCGGCUGAACUUGUAACGCAAAACGUUUGUGCUGUGCCACCAAGUGGUUCAGGAGGAUCAACUGGCUCAGGAGCGUCGAGGAGCACCUUGCAAGCCUUGUUUUCCAAUAAUCUUUUCAUUCUCAUUCACUUUCUGCUCGUUCUUCUCUAUGUUUUGUAGUAAAUUACUCUGCACCCCUCCACCCAUUUUUUCUUUAGUUAAUUAGUCCACUCUGUAAUUUUCUGAGUUCAGAUAGACUGUUUCUUGUGACUGAACCCAACCUUUUAUGUUUUUCUUCUCCAAUGUCAGUAACUUAAAUAAAUAUGUUCGGACGAAUAAGAGUGAUAUGAUAUCUGGACUAUUUUAAUGUGAUUAAAACAGGUCAGAUAUGUUUUUCCUAA